CCCGCCCCCCUACGUUGCACCUCCUCCUCGCCAUCCGACUUCUGUUCCGGGAGUGGGGAGGGGGGAAAGAGACCCCUCCCAAACUGCCUGCUUCUUCCCGCAAGUGGAGCUUCUGCGCCGGAUUGGGGCUCUACCCCACAGCUCUAGGGGCGGGCGCUUUCGGAAAGGGGAGGAGGGGCGGCAGGUAAAUCCCCCCCACCCACGUGGAUGUUGCAGGAAAGGAAAGGAGAAUCGCGAGCGAGGACAAAGAGGGCCUUUGUUGCACAAUACCAAAUGUAAGAAGUCACUGAUAAAUGUCUCUAUGUACUGGCUCACUGGGGUAACUUCAGAAAUUCAUAUAUGCAUGUGAGCUCAUAUACUCAGCAGCCCCUCUGCCUGAGUGAUAAUCCCUGGCAUCCUGAUACCUGAGUGCCAGACAGGUAGCCAUGCCAGAAAUAACAAACCCAGAUGAAGACAAAAGGGUGGGAUUAACUUGGCUGGGAAACAGGGCCUGCCUUCACCUGCAGCAGAAUUCCCCAACCCACCAAGGAUUUGAGACCCUUCAGGUAUACUCAACUGGUUUAGCCGGCCGGUUGAAGCUGUUCCUGGGAUUGUGGCCCCUGUUCCAUGCUGACAGCUUCUGGAAGCCACAGUUCUCUUCCUUUAAACCCAAACAGGAUUCCCUUUCCUCCCACUCUGAACAAGGAGAUGGAGAAGACAGUCAGAACUCCAGGGGAUGGGUCACCUUUGGUUUCAUUAGGAAUAGAAAUUAAAAUGUGUGAAAUGUUGAAUAUGCUUCAUUGAAUGAGCGCACAUACUUCACAUCAAUGACCUUCAGCAGGGGAGAAAAGACUUAAAGUUAUGGAGUGUAGGAAAAGUUUCAGUCAGAGUGGACACCUCAAUAUGCAUCAACGGACACACACAGGGGAGAAACCAUUUAAAUGCAUGGAGUGUGGAAAGCGCUUCAUUAAGAGUGGACACCUCAAUAUACAUCAACGGACUCACACAGGGGAGAAACCAUUUAAAUGCAUGGAUUGCGAAAAAAGCUUUAUUGAUAAUGGAUCCCUUAGAAAACAUCAACGGACUCACACAGGGGAGAAACCAUAUAAAUGUAUGGAAUGCGGAAAGAGCUUUAGUGAAAGUGGAUCUCUUAGAAAACAUCAACGGACUCACACAGGGGAGAAACCAUUUAAAUGCAUGGAGUGUGGGGAGAGCUUUAGUGAUAAUGGAAAACUUAGAAGACAUCAACGGACUCACACAGGGGAAAAACCAUUUAAAUGUAUGGAGUGCGGAAAGAGCUUUAGUGAUAGUGAAACCCUUAGAAGACAUCAACGGACUCACACAGGGGAGAAACCAUUUAAAUGCAUGGAUUGCGAAAAAAGCUUUAGUGAUAAUGCAUCCCUUAGAAAACAUCAGCGGACUCACACAGGGGAGAAACCAUAUAAAUGUAUCGAAUGCGGAAAGAGCUUUAGUGAAAGUGGAUCUCUUAGAAAACAUCAACAGACUCACACAGGGGAGAAACCAUUUAAAUGUAUGGAGUGCGGAAAGAGCUUUAGUGAAAGUGGAACCCUUAGAACACAUCAACGGACUCACACAGGGGAGAAACCAUAUAAAUGUAUGGAGUGCGGGAAGAGUUUUAGUGUUAGUGGAUCCCUUAGAAAACAUCAACGGACUCACACAGGGGAGAAACCAUUUAAAUUCAUGGAGUGCAGAAGGAGCUUUAGUGAUAGUGGAUCCCUUAGAAAACAUCAGCGGACACACACAGGGGAGAAACCAUUUAAAAGUAUGGAGUGCGGAAAGAGCUUUAGUGAUAAUGGAAAACUUAGAAGACAUCAAUGGACUCACACAGGGGAGAAACCAUUUAAAUGUGUGGAGGGUGGAAAGAGCUUCAGUCAGAAUGGAGACCUUAAAUUACAUCAGCGGAUUCACACAGGGGAGAAACCAUUUAAAUGCAUGGAGUGUGGAAAGAGCUUCAGUUUCAAUGCAACCCUCCGAAGACAUCAACAGACUCACACAGGGGAGAAACCAUAUAAAUGUAUGGAGUGCGGAAAGAGUUUCAGUCAGAGUGGACAACUCAAUAUACAUCAACGGACUCACACAGGGGAGAAACCAUAUAAAUGUAUGGGGUGCGGAAAGAGUUUCAGUCAGAGUGGACACCUCAAUAUACAUCAACGGACUCACACAGGGGAGAAACCAUUUAAAUGCAUGGAUUGCGAAAAAAGCUUUAGUGAUAAUGCAUCCCUUAGAAAACAUCAACGGACUCACACAGGGGAGAAACCAUAUAAAUGUAUCGAAUGCGGAAAGAGCUUUUGUGAAAGUGGAUCUCUUAGAAAACAUCAACGGACUCACACAGGGGAGAAACCAUUUAAAUGUAUGGAGUGCGGAAAGAGCUUUAGUGAAAGUGGAACCCUUAGAACACAUCAACGGACUCACACAGGGGAGAAACCAUAUAAAUGUAUGGAGUGUGGAAAGAGCUUUAGUGAUAGUGGAUCCCUUAGAAAACAUCAACGGACUCACACAGGGGAGAAACCAUUUAAAUACAUGGAGUGUGGGGAGAGCUUUAGUGAUAAUGGAAAACUUAGAAGACAUCAAAGGACUCACACAGGGGAAAAACCAUAUAAAUGUAUGGAGUGCGGAAAGAGCUUUAGUGAUAGUGAAACCCUUAGAAGACAUCAACGGACUCACACAGGGGAGAAACCAUUUAAAUGCAUGGAUUGCGAAAAAAGCUUUAGUGAUAAUGCAUCCCUUAGAAAACAUCAACGGACUCACACAGGGGAGAAACCAUAUAAAUGUAUCGAAUGCGGAAAGAGCUUUAGUGAAAGUGGAUCUCUUAGAACACAUCAACGGACUCACACAGGGGAGAAACCAUAUAAAUGUAUGGAGUGCGGAAAGAGCUUUAGUGUUAGUGGAUCCCUUAGAAAACAUCAACAGACUCACACAGGGGAGAAACCAUUUAAAUGCAUGGAGUGCAGAAGGAGCUUUAGUGAUAGUGGAUCCCUUAGAAAACAUCAGUGGACACACACAGGGGAGAAACCAUUUAAAAGUAUGGAGUGCGGAAAGAGCUUCAGUUUCAAUACAACCCUUAGAAGACAUCCGCGGACUCACUCAGGGGAGAAACCAUUUAAAUGCAUGGAGUGUGGAAAGAGCUUUAGUGAUAAUGGAAAACUUAGAAGACAUCAAUGGACUCACACAGGGGAGAAACCAUUUAAAUGUGUGGAGGGUGGAAAGAGCUUCAGUCAGAAUGGAGACCUUAAAUUACAUCAGCGGAUUCACACAGGGGAGAAACCAUUUAAAUGCAUGGAGUGUGGAAAGAGCUUCAGUAAGAGUGGACACCUCAAUAUACACCAACAGACUCACAUAGGGGAGAAACCAUUUAAAUGUAUGGAGUGUGGAAAAAGUUUCAGUUUCAAUGCAACCCUCCGAAGACAUCAACAGACUCACACAGGGGAGAAACCAUAUAAAUGUAUGGGGUGCGGAAAGAGUUUCAGUCAGAGUGGACACCUCAAUAUACAUCAACGGACUCACACAGGGGAGAAACCAUUUAAAUGCAUGGAUUGCGAAAAAAGCUUUAGUGAUAAUGCAUCCCUUAGAAAACAUCAACGGACUCACACAGGGGAGAAACCAUAUAAAUGUAUCGAAUGCGGAAAGAGCUUUUGUGAAAGUGGAUCUCUUAGAAAACAUCAACGGACUCACACAGGGGAGAAACCAUUUAAAUGUAUGGAGUGCGGAAAGAGCUUUAGUGAAAGUGGAACCCUUAGAACACAUCAACGGACUCACACAGGGGAGAAACCAUAUAAAUGUAUGGAGUGUGGAAAGAGCUUCAGUCAGAGUGGACACCUCAAUAUACAUCAACGGACUCACACGGGAGAAACCAUAUAAAUGUAUGGAAUGCGGAAAGAGCUUUAGUGAAAGUGGAUCCCUUAGAAAACAUCAACGGACUCACACAGGAGAGAAAACAUUUAAAUGCAUGGAGUGCGGAAGGAGCUUUAGUGAUAGUGGAACCUGCAGAAAACAUCAACAGACUCACACAGGAGAGAAAACAUUUAAAUGCAUGGAGUGUGGAAAGAGCUUUAGUGAUAAUGGAAAACUUAGAACACAUCAACGGCCUCACACAGGGGAGAAACCAUUUAAAUGCCUGGAGUGCGGAAAGAGUUUCAGUCAGAAUUUUGGACCUUCAAUAACACCAGUGGAUUCACACAGGGGAGAAACCAUUUAACUGUAUGGAGUGUGGAAAGAGCUUUAGUGAAAAUGGAACCCUUAGAACACAUCAUGGACUCCCACAGGUGAAAAACCAUAUAAAUUUAUGGAGUGUGGAAAUGUCUUCGAUCGGAGUGGAAAUUUUAGAAAACAUCAGCAGACUUACAUUGGAGAAACCAUUUAAAUGUAUGGAGUGUGGAAGGAGCUUUAAUGAUAAUGGAAAACUUAGAACACAUCAACGGACUCACACAGGGCUGCAGGCAGAGUGGAAUCCUUGAUUUUCAUCAACAAACUCACACAAGAGACAAACCAUAUAAAUGGCAGCAAAGGAGAUAAGAGUUUCAGUCCUAGUGAAAGUCCUGCAUCAACAGACUCAUGCACAGGAAGAACUUCAAUAUUUGCCACCCUACAAACUAUCAACAAACUCAAAGAGGAGAAGCAGUUUAAAUGGAAGGAUUACAGAAAGAGCUUUAGUUAUAAUGGAGUGUUUAGGAAACAUCUAGGGAGUCUCACAAGGGAGAACCCAUUUAGAUGUAUGGAGCACGGGACAUGUUCCACUCAGAGGAAAUCCUUCUUCCGGCUUCAGGGCCCAGCUGAGUGUUGUCAUUCUCUCCAACUAAGUAACUCCUGUCUAAUCUGCUCUCUGUCUGCAUCUCUCCCUGCUUCUGAGACCACUGGAAACGAGGGGGGGCAUUUCUCCCCCUCCAGCUCCUCUUCUGAGGAAAGCUGAUCUGCCUGAGAAUGGAUUCCCCCAUAUUUGGCUUCAGACCAUUCCCUGACAAAACACAUUGCCCUGUGUCGUUACUGCCUCUUUCCUCUCUUGCUCCCUUCUGCCGGUGUGUGUGCCUGACUUAGAUAUCCUGUGUGCUGUAUUUUUUUUACUGCUGAAACUGGAUUUGCUCUCAGGAGCUAAGUUUUGUGCCUCACUGGGGACCCAGUGAGAACUGUAUGCUUUGAAAGCUCAGUAAACUAUUACGGAAGAAGU